AUGGCUGAAUUCCAGUUCAAAGGAUUCAACUCUGUAUUCAGUGCCCUGAACAAGGAUUUUAAAUCACACCGCAAUCGCAGCGGCCGCGCCAAGGCGCAGCGCCCGGCUUUGCGCCAGGCAGCUGCUUUGCGCGUGGGAAGCGGGCGGCGUCCGAGGGGGCGGGCAGCUGGGAGGAGCUCGCCCGGCCCCGUCGGGGUUUGGAAAGAGCCCAGCAGGAACUCACGGCAGCGCGGAGAAGGCGCCGCACGGAGCUCGGGCUGCGGGAACUUUGCGCGGAGAGAGGCAGGCAGGCAGGCGGAGACGCGAGAGCGCUUGGGCCGCGGUCAUCCCACAACCCGGAUCCUGACCACAACCCUAGUGGUAACACAGCACAUCUUGGCAGAGAAAAGAGGGAAAGAGGGGGAUUUUCUCCUUUAUGGGGCUACUGCGACUGAGAUUACUGAAGAAACUGAAUACAUAAACAAGAUUAGAUCCACCCUAGCAAAAGUUCAGCCUUUGCUGUGCAAAAGUGACUCAGAUCAUGGGGCUACACGUUGCGCACUGCUGGAUUCAGAGCCACAUUUCCAAGGACCUGGAUUGGCACCCAACGAAGAGGCCCUGUUCUCCAACCACAAGGAAACCGUGGAAGAACUGAAAAAGGCAGAAGAAGAGCUAUCACGGGUGAACAAAGAAAAUGAAAGGUUGAAGAUCAAGCUGGAAGCUCUGAGAGCAGCUGGAGCAGAGAGUGUGAAACAUGGAUCACAGAAACUGCAGGAGGACUUCAACAAGCGCUCCGAAGAUCUCAAGAAAAGGCAAGAAGGGACCAUACAUAUAAUGAAGGCCCGCAAGCUUGAGCAAGAACAAAAAUUAAAAGAAAGCACAGACAAUCUCAGCCGGCUGAACGUGCAAUUGCACGAAAAAUACAACCGGAUCGAAGAACUGGAGAAACGAGUGCAAAGGAUGGAAGAGGAAAGGAAAACGCUGAACGAAAAGAAACGGUCUUUAAAGGAGAAGCUGCACCAAAUGAUGUCAAAAGCGGAAAACACUAAAAGCUGUGUAAGGGUUCAAACAGAGAUCUCCACGCUUCAGGAACAAAUUAGCCACUUGGAUCACGUCAUUCAUUCCCAGCAUCAAAACUUGCACAGUUUGAUUCACCAGAUUGAAGAACUGAACAACGAACUAAAAUACCAAGAUGAGAGAAUAGAACUCCUGAAAGAAAAGAUCGAGAUACUCCAAGCAAAGAACAAAGAACUGCAGUACAAAGUGGACUUCUACUCUGGCCAGUCAAAAACAAAGGUCUCCAAAGCAGUUUCUGCAAAGAUGGAUCAAACGUCACCCUACACCAGACUACGCAAGUGAAGCAGCCCUUCAAAGCAAGGGCCUUUCUUGAGGAUCCUGCUGUUUGUUGAUAUCAUCUGAGCAAUUCUGUUGGAAAUAUCCAGCUCAUCACAGCACAGAAGGGAUCCUGGGAUGGCGUUUGGAGGAAGGGGCAAAAUCAGAUGUGGUGGAAACCUUCUUUUUUUAAGUUAUAGACAAUUAUUCAGUGGUAUUGCUGCUGUUUGCACAACUGAUGAAUGCACACUGCCUUCUGAGCCAAUUCAUCCAUACAGAACAAAUUCCCACCAGCAAAUUCUGUGUGCACAUCACUCUACAUGGAAUACUAUUUAGUGAAACUGAUGCUGAGCCCCCCAAAGUUAUCUCAAGCAUGUGAUACACCCCUGGAAGCUGAACAGGCUGAACCUGGGUCUGAUGGACACACAACAGGCAGAUGGGUUUGAUG